AUGGUCGCGAUCGCGGCCGUGUCCAUUGUGUGCGACGCAAAUGGCUCGCUUGGCCCGUGCUCGCCGUUCUCUGGCAGUGGCGGGCGGAUUAUCAGUGGCAUGACAACUGACAGAAUCGUCGGCGGUCUUGUCGGCGACGUCGACAAUGACGGCGACGUCGACGUCGUCGUGCUGACGCAGGUACAGGCGAGAUGGUCGAUGAAAGUGUACAAGAACACAGGUAAUGGGACGUUUGCAGAGAGCGCCACCAUCACAACUGUGUCCAAUCUCGAGGACGCGACCCUUGUCGACGUCGACGGCGACGGUGAUCACGACGCACUUGUGCUCGCAGGCGGGGAAACUGCGUGGUGGGAGAAUGUCGACGGCGAUGGCGAGAUUUGGGUUGAGCAGGCGAUGAACGCAACAAGCGGCCGUCGGAUGGCAGUGGCAGACGUUGAUAUCGACGGCGAUAACGACGUCGUCGUCGUCGGAAGCAGUGGCAUCGCUCUCCUCGCCAACAACGGCUCGGGCGUGUUUGAGGCGAGCACACUCGCAGCGGUCGAUGCGGGCGAUGUCAUCGCCGCCCAUAUUGACAACGACAGCCUAGUUGACAUCGUUGCGCGGACAAGUACCGGGCUUGUUGUGCUUCAGAACAGCAGGCCUGCAGUCAAGCAAUGGGCACAGCAGACGCUGGCGGUGCCGACAGAGCUCGACUCGCGAGCGAUGAUAUACGUGUACGACGUCGACGGCGACGGCGACGGCGAUGCGGUGGUCAAGGUCUACGACGGUGACGCACUUGUCUGGGCCAACAACGGCGACGGGGUCUUUGGUGCCAGCCAGGUGCUUCCGGCUUCAAGCAUAUUUGCGCACGGGCCGACAGUGAUCGGCGACGUGAACGGCGACGGGCGCGACGACUUUGUGGCGUCGGAUGCAAUCGGAGCUGUCUACUACCAGGUCAGAAACGGGAGCGCGUGGGAGUCGCGGAGGGUGACCAACCGGGUCGAGUCCCGAGCGAUUGGCCUUGCCGACAUGGACGGCAAUGGAGCCAUUGAUCUGGUGGUCAACAACGGAGUGGUGCUCUCGUUUGUGCCAAACCACGGGAGCCAAGACCUGGACGUCGGGUUCGGCCCGGCUGAGACGGUGCGGCCGUGGGCGGCGUCGGCGAUAAUCUACUUGAUGCGAGCAGCCGAUGUGAGCGGCGACAGAGUGCCCGAUCUGGUGGUGGCGUCAAACGUGGGCAUCGAAGUCUUUGUCAACACCGGCGAAGAGACAGGAGCCUUUGCUGCGGCAGUGGUGGUGACGAGAGAGCCGACACGGGCGGUGGUGGCCGGCGACGUCGACCACGACGGCGACAUCGAUCUGGUGGUUGGAACGAUCGCCGGGGCCACGCUCUGGUUUGAGAACAACGGCAGCGGCGGAUGGUACGAGCAUGGCAUUGAGGCCAGUUGGAGCGGGGCGGCGGCGAUCGAGGACGUGGCGCUCGCCGACUUGGACAACGAUGGCAUGAGCGAGCUGGUGGCCAUCUCGAACGACGGCACACUAUUCUGGUUUGGGCGUGGCGGAGAGAGCGAGUUUGGCGGACGGAACGUGGGUAACGUGACGCAGGACUGGGCUGGGGAGUGCCUCCAGUUUGAGAUGGGCGACGUGGACGGCGAUGGAGCGAUCGACAUUGUGGCCGCAUGCUUGCCUGCCGGCCUUGUGUGGUUCCGCAACGAGCUGGCAACCAGCGGGGCGAUGGGGCCGGGGCGGGUGCUCAAGGACGAGCUCGGGGACGGGCUCGGGCUGGACGUCAUUCAGGCGCAUGUUGUGGACGUAGACGGCGAUGGCGAUCUGGACGUGGUGCCAGCAUCGCCUCAGGGCGCUUCAUGGGCCGAGAACAUCGACGGGGUGGGCGGAGUGUGGAUGGCGCACGAGGCGGACGACGGCGCAGUUGUCCGCAGCGUGGUCGACAUGGACGCUGACGGCGAUGUUGACCUGCUGGUGCUUGAUGUGAAGAACGGAAUGGCGCUGGAGUGGAUAGAGACGGAGGCGGGCGUUGCAUUUGGUCGUGGGCGGCGGCAUGCUGUCGAGCUCUCGCACGUCCGCGGCUGGGGGAUCGGUGUUGACGUCGACAGCGACGGCGAUAUGGACGUGGUGACCAACGCCGAGGGCCGGGACCGAGACGGGGACCACAUCUGGCUCUGA